AUGUCUAGCAUCAUGCCAGUGAAUGCUCACACCUUGCCGGCGCGCUUUGAGCCUGGCUAUACCUUCAGUAUGCCGGUGUACAAGCGCGUACGACUCUGGAGCCAAUGGCAUUGGAUUAUGUGCCGUGUCGUACCGAACGAGGACAGUAUGCGAGACAAGUGGAAGGACGUUCAGAAUAAGCGCUGGAAAAAGCUUGAAGAUAAGAUGGACCGUAAGGCCAAGUCGCAAGGUUGUCCAGCGAUGACCAAGACUGCGAACGCCAUCAAGAAGAAAUUCACUGAAGGUCGCGGUCGUGAACUCACCCUUGAAAAGGUGGAAGCGAAGAUACUGCAAGCGACUAACAUUCGUCGCGAUUUCUCUUACGACGAGAAGUAUUUCUUCGCCGUAAUUAAAGGUCAUGAGAUCAUCGUUGCCGUAGCAAACGGAACGAUCGAGGUGAUCGCUCCCAGGCUUGUCGCCGAGCUUCUGGCCUGGGGCGAGGAAGAUCCAAAGCGCGAGGUUUACGAUCGUGACCCUGGGUCCGUUGCCAGAGUCCUCUCGAACCAGGUUGGAGGCAGCGAACUGAAGGCCAACCAGAAAGAUUGGUUCCAGCGCUUCCGUAACCCGAACAAUCUGCCUCAGCAACACCAAGUCAUCGCUUUGCAGAUGCCGAGUUCCGUCAAUGGAAAGGAGAACAAGCCGACCGUUACCAUUGACGAUGACAUCAAGGUCGAGAAGGGGGACUCUGAAUCCCAGAACAGGCCCAUCGAGAUCGAUGAGGAUCCCAUUCAUGCUCAAGUCGAGGGCGCCUUGAAGACCAAGGACAACUCUGGAAAUCAGGGAGUCGCUUUUGGUGUCGAUAUGCCGAAACCUGGUUCUCCGGAAGCCCCCUUUGAUGUCGACAUGGCGCAACCUGGAUCUCAGGAAGCGCCCAUCGUUGUCGACAUGCUCGAUAUGGGGUCCCCGGACGAUCCUAUCGAUAUCGAUAUGAUCGACGUCGGCUCCACCUCGGAUGUCGAAUCGUGA